UGUAUUUCCAUAAUUUCAUAGUCUUCCGUCAUCCUGUGUUGCUGACAAGACUGAUGAUGGUCAAUCCUCUCUUCUUUUCUUUGUAAUUGUCCUUUCCCCCGCCUUGUGGAAUAUUCUAGCGUCUUCUCUUUAUCCUUGGUGGUUGAAAUUUUACAGUGACCUGUGUAAGUGUGGAGUACCAGGGGAUCUUUCAAUCUGUAGCUCUGGGAUACUUUCUGUUACUGUGGGUGAUUUAAGUGUUGGCUACUUUGUUUACACUCCACCCGAUUCAUUCUCCACUGUUCUCUGCCCUUUUCUGUGCCCAGGGAGGCCAGGCAAUUCCUUUACUGGCAGGAUUCCAGUUGGGUUUGGUCAGUGGGAGGGACCCACGGAGACUGGCGGUGGAAGGAGAGCAGGCUGGCAGAGUUCUUCCCUACCCCUUGUUCCGAUGCUGAACUGGUGACUGUGCCAUGCCUCCACGCUGCCGCGGCUCUCACUGGCCCUUCCUGCAUAGUCCUCUGGCUCUGGUAACACGGUUUCCUCCUUCUGUCCCUGUAGCUGGAAGGAGGUAACUGCUUCUGACUCUUGUUGAUCUCUGGGUGCCUAAUCAUUUCUGUUUUUUUCCCUUAACCUGGCCAAAUCUCUGUAGGUUGCCUUUCUAUUAAAGUCCCUUCAUUUGACUGUCUGAGGGUAAAUUAUUUUUCUGCCUGGACUAUGACUGAUAUGCUACCUUUCAUUGUCUUUGAUCUCCCUUCCUGGAAAGGUUAUUAAUCGGAUGAUGGGUCAUUUGUGUUAAUCAUCUAUGUCUCUUAUUUUUGCUCUGAGGUUUUCCAUAUUUUUGUGUUUUUGUUCUACACUAUGGGAUAUUUCCUUAUCUUGUUCUUCCAUUCCUUCUAAUAAAAUGUUUUUAAAUUUCAGCAAUCAUAUAUUUAAUUUUCAUGGGUUCUUUCUUGCUUUCGGGGUCUCUCUUCAUGGCAAUCUGCCUUUGUUAUGGAUUCAGUAACUUCUGUAAUCUAAGGACUGUGCAUGGGCUCUGGGGAUGGGGCUCAGGGAGGGGGGUGGCACUGGGACACAGGAAUCCCAACAGCAGCCGCAGUCCUGCACGGUGCUUCCUGCCCAUGCCUGCACUACCAGCUGUUCGGAGCUUGUCUUACUUCUCCACAACAGCUCUCGAGGUGGACUUUAUUAUUAGCGCUUCCUUACAGAAGAGAAUCUGAGGCUUUGCCAGAUGGCCUCCAUGCCCAGCUGUGGCCACGUACCACACUGGCUCUCAGAGUGGUGAAAGCAACGUGAGUGGGCCCCAUCCAAGUCCCAGCAAGUUUCCAGCAAGACAGGCUGUUCUCUGACCACGAGGGCAGGGCUCAGCCCUCAAGUGUGUCCACGUGGAAACCUGCCUCCGGGGGCUCUUGUCCCUUGCCUGUCUUCUGCCCAGGACUGGGAGCUCCAGGAUGACACGAAGAGGCAUCAUCCCUAAAGUGGCCCCUUCAUUCCAGAGCCCCUGGAGUCUGCUCACAUCCACCAUGAACACCUCUCACCUCCUGGCCUCGCUGCUCUCAGGAUCCCCGCAGGGUGAAAACAGGAGCAAGCCACGGGACAUCCUGUACAACCUGUCUGACCACUGCCAGGAUUCUGCGGACCUGCUGGUCUUCAUUGUCACUUCCUACAGCAUCGAGACCAUCGUGGGGGUCCUGGGCAACCUCUGCCUGAUCUGCGUGACCAUGAGGCAGAAGGAGAAGACCAAUGUGACCAACCUGCUCAUCGCCAACCUGGCCUUCUCCGACUUCCUCAUGUGCCUCAUCUGCCAGCCGCUCACGGCCAUCUACACCAUCAUGGACUACUGGGUCUUUGGUGAGGCCCUGUGCAAGGUGUCAGCCUUCAUCCAGUGCAUGUCGGUGACGGUCUCCAUUCUCUCUCUCGUCCUUGUGGCCCUGGAGAGGCAUCAGCUCAUCAUCAACCCAACAGGCUGGAAGCCCAGCAUCCCGCAGGCCUACCUGGGGAUUGUGCUCACCUGGCUCAUCGCCUGCGCCCUCUCCCUGCCCUUCCUGGCCAACAGCGUCCUGGAGAACGUCUUCCACAAGAACCACUCCAAGGCUCUGGAGUUCCUGGCAGAUAAAGUGGUCUGUACUGAGUCCUGGCCCUUGGACCACCACCGCAUUGUCUACACCACCUUCCUGCUGCUUUUCCAGUACUGCGUCCCACUGGCCUUCAUCCUGGUCUGCUACGUGCGCGUCUACCGGCGCCUGCAGAAGCAGGGGCGCGUGUUUCGCAAGGGCGCCUACCGCUCGCGCGCGGGGCAGAUGAGGCGGGUCAACGGGGUGCUCGUGGCGAUGGUGGCGGCCUUCGCAGUGCUCUGGCUGCCCCUGCACGUGUUCAACAGCUUGGAGGACUGGCGCCCCGAGGCCAUCCCUGUCUGCCAUGGCAACCUCAUCUUCUUGGUGUGCCACCUGCUCGCCAUGGCUUCCACCUGUGUCAACCCUUUCAUCUAUGGCUUUCUCAACACCAAUUUCAAGAAAGAGGUCAAGGCCCUGGUGCUGACUUGUCAGCACAGCCCUGCCAUGGAAGAGUCCGAGCAUGUGCCCCUGUCCACAGUGCACACGGAAGUCUCCAAAGGGUCUCUGAGGCUAAGUGGCAGGUCCAACCCCAUCUAGCCAGGUCUAGGGCUUCUCCCUGCCACGUUCCUUGCCAGCUUCUUUCACUUAAAUAAGUGGGCACGUUGCAAGCUGUGGGUGGCACCCCUCUGUCAUUAUGGUUUUCUGGGGCCCAGAUAGGCUGGCAAGAGCCUGUUUUGCAUCCAUUUGCGUUGAGAGGCCUAACAUUCAGCUACGUGUUCCUGGUUGGAUUCUGAGUUUUGAUUCUGCAAGUUACAGUGAGCCUUGCAGCUUGAGCUGCAAGAUGCUAGAUAUCUAGCAAGAUGCAGAGAUAUCUGCUGGUAAUAGGCAGGGUUCAUUCUGGUAACUCAGAAACAAAUGCCUGGCCUGGGAACCAGCGAUGUCACCUACGCCAGUGAGGCCGUGAGGCUGCUGUGCACUGAGGGAAGGAGCGCUUGGAGUCAGAGCUCUGGCCCUGGGUCACCCUCUGACUUCUAUGAGAGAUGAUGUGUGUGCAAGAGCUUCACAAGUGGUAGAGAAUUCUGUGGCUGCAAAGCGGUGGGAUUACUGUUACAUCAUUAGCACAGCUGAAGAGAAUAGACCCUGGGAUCUUGGGACCUCGUGCUCCUCAGCAACAGGAAUUGCAGAAUUCACAUCCUACUCCAUCCUUUUCCUCUCUCACUGCAUCUGCCACCUCAUAUGGAAAUAAGCCUGCAAAUGUCUCCCCUUGAGGAGGUUGUGAGCACUGUGAGGUGACACUGUAUUGUCUUAAAGCUUGCGUUCUUUAUGCCUGAGCAGGCCCUGAUGCAGGGGGAGAGCUCCGGAAACCUUUUCUGUGGUGGAUUGAGGGUAAAGGUGCCACUCACUGCUGAGUGUUUGGCCAAGGACGGGCGCUCUGCGCUGUGAUCUGGUGUGGGAAGGGGUCAGGGCUCAGGCUGUUGCACCCACAGUCUCUCGCCUGCCUGUCCUUGCCUUCCAGGGCCUCUUGACGAGGCAUCUGGACAGAGACUCUGAGGCCUUCCCCCUGUGGACCCACUACAGGGGCCUCUAGAACUCAAGGGCAUGACUACAGCCUUCAUUCCAUGCUCUGACCACUGAGCUGACUUGCCCUGGGUGAUGUGAAGUUCUUCCAAAACUUCCCCAGGACAUCGGGCAUCCAGUGGCCUUCAGUAGGAGCAGGGGCAGGGAGUCCUAGGAGUCAGACUUAAUGGGACACUGGCUAAAAGAAGCAGGGGUCCCCCUUUCUCCUGCCAUCCAGGGAGAAUGGAGAAAGGGCUCCAGUGAGUGUGAAUAUCUCACCUUAGAGGUCAUGGCCCAGUUCCCUGGAUGCUAAACCAGGUCCAAGGCUUCAUCUGUGUGUGGACCAGACAGCCUGUCCUUGCAGGGAAGGAAGUGUCAAGAUUGCUCCUCGGCUGUCUUAGAUGGGAUGUCUCAGCCAGGCUCUGUCUGUUUAGACCACUCUCCAGCGGAGUGCACCGUGGCCCCAACGUGGUCUCCCAGGGCAGGGUAUUCAAAUGCCAGGGCCCUGAGGCGCCUCGAGGCAGCGUUGGCUCUACACAGGGCAUCUGGCAAAGGGUCAGCCAGAGGUUGAACAGCCACAUCUGACUGUCUUGCCCUCGCUCCUGACCAAGAACCUGUGCAGCCAACACCCAAGACAAGUGCUCUUUGAGCCAUCAGCUCCCUUUCUGGAGCGGUUUCUCUUGUUCCUGCUUUUGGUCCUGUCUCUCAUUCAGUUCCUUUGUUCACUUUUACCCUGGAUUUUUGGGCAGAUUUCUUCAGCCACUCUCUUGGCCACAGCCUGUGCUUGUCCUCUGGUGCCAUCUGCUGCUGGCUGCUCCAGGUGAGCACCUGCCAGCAAAGCCCCGACUGUGGGACCCAGCCCAGCAAGAUGUCAUUGUCCAGGCUCCCCAAGGAACUGGGGGCCUCAGGCCCCUCCAGAGACCAUGCAAGUGCCUGGAGUUUGCUUCUCUUUACCAAUCUCAAUGGUGCCAAGACGCUUGGGGACAAGGAUGAUUUAGGGUGCCAGCGAACCUGAGGACAGGGUGGUGAGGCCAGGUGUCUGGGAAAGGUGCUUGGCGUUAGAAAUUGGAGUAGUAGCUGGAAGCCUCACUGAGUGUCUUCGGUGCUUCCCUCACCUUGCUUAGGUCGACACAGUCUGCCUGGGUGUCUGUGUCCUGCUCCCCGUUCCUAACUACUGUGGGGUUGCUUCGUUACCCAGCACCCUGGGAACUUACUACCCCAAGUGUGGGCAGCAGUCCAGCAUCACCUGGAGCUCAUUAGAUAUGCAGAGUCCUUUGUUGCCACCCACACCUAUUGAAUCAGAACCCACCUUUUAUCAAGAUCUCCAGGCCAGGUGCGGUGGCUCACACCUGUAAUGCUAGCA